GUACGAAAACCAAAAUAAAUGACGAAAUCAUCACAACAAUUUACUUUAUCUCGCUAAUUAUUGCUUUUGUUCGAUAAAACCUCGUCUUUGUAUCCCACUUAUCAGUGCAUUUUUGUCCAUUUACAGCAGUUUUUCGUGACAAAGACCCUUAAAACACUCCAAAAAUUGCCCGUCGUAUGUUAAUCUGCCCCUCUGAAGAUGAUCGAUGAAGAAGGAUUCCAGCAACAGGCGACGCAGAUCGGUGCUCGCAUCCGAAAAGUCCAACAAAAUGUCGCCACGAUGCAGAGACACAUCAACCAGCUUGCCCAAACGCAUGGCGAAGACCAAAGUGUGAAGCAACAAUUUCAUCGGAUGCGACUCGAUACGCAACAGUUGAUCCAAGAUGCGGAUUCGUCGUUGAAUAAUUUGAAUUUUGGCUCGGCGAGACAUUUAAAGUUGCAACGAGAACGUUUGCUUGAUGAAUUUGGAUCGGCGAUCAAUGUUUUUCAAGAAGUGCAACGGAAAUAUGUUGAACAGGAGAAGAAAUUCGUGCGUGAAGUCAAAGAGCAUCGACAUGAGAUGAUGAGCAAACAUCCGACGGAAGAUCCGUUAGAAGCUGAUUUGGGAUUCCCGUCAACGCAUCCAGCAUCACAAAUUCAACAGCAAGAAGAGAUUGACUUGCGAGCAUUGGAAGAACAGGAACGAGCGAUUCAAGAGCUCGAGGAAAAUAUCGCGAAUGUGAAUGAAAUUUAUAAAAAGUUGGGAGCUCUUGUUUAUGAACAGGGGACUGUAAUUGACUCGAUUGAGGCUUCGGUUGAGAAUACUGCGGCAUUUGUCGAAGAAGGAGCGCAACAAUUGCAACAAGCUAGUCGUUAUCGGAACAAAGUUCGUCGUCGCAAGGUAUUCCUCAUACUUCUGGGAAUCGCGAUUCUGUCAACUAUUUUCCUCGUCUUCUACUUCGGCAGUAACUGAAUUGAAUUUUGAUGAUCUGUCUCUCCCACAAAGUGUGCAAAGAAUUUA